AUGUCAGUCCAGACCGCGACCAUGUUCAAUCCCGACAGUCAUGUCGGCCCCUUGUCAAUCGACACGAGGCGGACCAGCAUCGACCGCUCCUCUGUUGAUCGCUCAGCCGCCGCCCGCCAAGACGUCGGAAAGGCCACCGUCGAGCUCGCUUCCAUCAUGGCCAUCGCCUCCAAUCCCGUCUCCCCCGGCGCCUCGAGCCCUCCUCUCCCCCAAGGGUCUAGGAUGCAGGACUUUGCCCCGCCCGCACGCCCGAGCAGCACGCCCUUCCCAGAACCCGAGCUCGGCCAGACGACUAUUCGGUGUCUCAGCUGUCCGUCCGAGCAAGGUUCCGGCUCCGAGCCAGGCCAUGACCACGGCCACCACCAUCACCACCAUCACUUUGCCGAAUCUCCCAUCCUCGGCACCAACGAGCCACUCCAUCCUCCGCUGACGCAUACGAACCUCGACGACCUCCCUGCCGAGAUUCAUGAAUGCAUACUCGACCACCUGUUCGGAUACAGGGUGUCCGCCUCGUCAAAGAGCUCCUUGGGCAUGCCCAGCGUCACACGAAGCUGGGGCACGGCCUUGAGGCAUUCGAGGCGGAAGGAACUUUCGGCACUGGCCUUGGUUAGCAGCGUGUGGAGGGCUCUCAUCCAGGAACGGCUGUACCGUCAUGUCAAGAUAAAGGCCACGGUGCAAUCCCUGAACGAGGCUGUGGCCUUCUUCGCGGAACACUCACAUCUUCGUCAAUACGUCAAGCAUGUGGAGCUGUGGUUUGCCGUGUUCCAGCCAAAAAAGAACGCCCCUGCGCUCUCCAGCUCGAUUCUCCCGCCCGUCACUAUCGACGGCCUGACCAACGCAUCAUACGUCAUACCGACUGACAAUUGCUCGCUAGAGGAAGCUUUCUACUUUGUGAGCACCACACUCCCGGAGGUCUGCGUCCUCACACUCGAGGGCGGGGAACGGAAGAAGGCCCCCAGGGUGCGUCACCACAUUCUCGAGGAGGGGCACGAGAAGCCCCUGCCCAGGAUUGCGCCCGUCAGGACGCUCGUGUGCAAGGGGCAGUGGAACCUAAUACGGAGCGAUGAUGACUUCGACGCUAUCGUCUAUGCACUUCCGAACCUCCAAGAGUGGCACGGGAACUACAGCAAGGCCAAGUCCAAGAGCUACCUCUGUAUGGCCGCGAUCUUGCCGAAGCUGCCUCCGAGCCUGACCAGCCUGAGUUUGAACUUGGAGGGGGUCGAAUACCGACGGGAGCUGUCCUUUCCGCCGUACUUCCUCAAGGUUUCGAACGCACUGCACUUCUGCACGAAACUCGCCGAAGCCGCACCAAACCUCGAGCAUUUCGCCUAUACUGGCCGUGUCUGCCGGGCGUUCUUCGACCUUCUUGCGCGGCUGGUGGAACCCCGAAGCACACGGCUGAAGACCAUCGACCUGACAGUCAGGAACUGCUGUCGCCAUGUCGUCCACUGGAACGAGUCUGGUUCCGGAAUCACGGACAUGAACUUUAUCAACGCUUUUGAGCAGCUCGUGCUAGCGGGUAUAAGGGCUCUCGGCAGACUCAAGGCGGUGGAGUACUUGCGGAUCCGAUACGUGGAUCUAGGCGAAUGUGAGUACAAUCUAACGCUGACUUACCUGGUAGACUCCCCGGUCCCACCUCUAAACCCUUACUUCAUCCUGCGCGACGGCUGGUGCUCUGGCGUCUGGAGCGAUGCCAUCGUAGCCGAGCUGAACCGCACUCGGCCCGAUGCCCAAUUCGAGGAUCUUGCCGAGUCCUUCGGUGAAGUCGGCAUCAACAAAGACGGCAGAAUGGUUAUCAGUCCCGAGUUUCCCAGGAGUCGGGUCCUCUCCCUGAAACUGUCCAACUACGCUUAUCUGGCGGGAGGCAUUGCCGUCCCUUAG